AUGCGAGUCGGGCUCCCCUCCGAGGCGUCGUCUUGCAGGUGGUCAGCGCGGGGGCCGCGGGACCGGCCAGAUCGCAGGCGGAACGGGCUGGCGCACGUGCUGUCUGACAACAUCUAUCCGGUGGAGGACCUCGCUGCCACGUCGGUGACCAUCUUUCCCAAUGCCGAACUGGGAGGCCCCUUUGACCAGAUGAACGGAGUCGCCGGAGAUGGCAUGAUCAACAUUGACAUGACUGGAGAGAAGAGGUCCUUGGAUCUUCCAUAUCCCAGCAGUUUUGCUCCUGUCUCUGCAUCCCGAAACCAGACCUUCACUUACAUGGGCAAGUUCUCCAUUGACCCCCAGUACGCUGGUGCCAGCUGCUACCCAGAAGGUAUCAUCAAUAUUGUGAGUGCAGGCAUCCUGCAGGGGGUCACUUCCCCAGCUUCGACCACAGCCUCGUCUAGCGUCACAUCUGCCUCUCCCAACCCACUGGCCACAGGACACCUGGGUGUGUGCACCAUGUCCCAGACCCAGCCUGACCUGGACCACCUCUAUUCUCCACCACCGCCACCUCCUUAUUCUGGCUGUGCAGGAGACCUCUACCAGGAUCCCUCAGCGUUCCUGUCAGCACCCACCACUUCCACCUCCUCCUCUUUGGCCUACCCACCACCUCCUUCCUACCCAUCCCCCAAGCCAACCACGGACCCAGGUCUCUUCCCCAUGAUCCCAGACUAUCCUGGAUUUUUCCCAUCACAGUGCCAGAGAGACCUACAUGGUACAGCUGGCCCAGACCGAAAGCCUUUUCCCUGCCCCUUGGACUCCCUGCGAGUCCCGCCUCCACUUACUCCACUCUCUACCAUCCGCAACUUUACUUUGGGGGGCCCAAGUGCUGGGGCUACAGGGCCAGGGACCAGUGGAGGCAGCGAGGGACCCCGGCUGCCUGGCAGCAGCUCAGCAGCAGCAGCCGCUGCCGCUGCCUAUAACCCCCACCAUCUGCCACUGCGGCCCAUUCUGAGGCCUCGCAAGUACCCAAACAGGCCUAGCAAGACGCCAGUGCAUGAGAGGCCCUACCCCUGCCCAGCAGAAGGCUGUGACCGGCGAUUUUCUCGUUCGGACGAGCUGACGCGGCACAUCCGCAUCCACACCGGGCACAAGCCCUUCCAGUGUCGGAUUUGCAUGCGCAACUUCAGCCGCAGUGACCACCUCACUACCCACAUCCGCACCCACACUGGCGAGAAGCCCUUUGCCUGUGACUACUGCGGCCGCAAGUUUGCCAGGAGUGAUGAGAGGAAGCGCCACACCAAGAUCCACCUGAGACAGAAGGAGCGCAAAAGCAGUGUCCCCUCCUCAUCGGUGCCAGCGGCCUCUACGGCGUCCUGCACGGGGGGCACGCAGGCUGGAGUGCCCCUGUGCAGCAACGGCAGCACUAUUGGAGGCUCCCUGGCCACUUGCUCCUCUAGGACCAGGACACCUUGAGAUGAGAGACUCAGACUGACACACCAGCUCCUUGAGGGCCCCUAGGCCCUUGGGCCACUGGAACUGCACAACAAACACUACCACCCUCUCUUGCCUUCCUUCAUUGGGCAAAGGGCUUUGGUGGAGCCCAGCACUGCCCGCCUUUCCACUUAGAAGCAGGUCCUUCCUAAACGUUAGCCUACCUUAGUCUCUCUUUGGUGAGUUGACUAUCAAUCACCCCCAAAUCAUGGGGAGGUUCUUGAAGGGGUUUGCUGGGGGUCCUUGGCCUAGAGGGCUGAGGGCUAACCUUGCUUUAAAGGGUGGUUUGACUAGGUUUUGCUCCCCUUUUCUAAUUUUGACCAAUUACAGAUUGUUGACUCUGAAUGUCAGAGUUGACCUGAGACGUUUUCUACAGCAGGUUGGGAGAUGCUGAUCCCUUCGGGUGGGGAUAGCAAAGACAAGAAGCAAAACUGAUGUGCACUUUAUGGCUUGGGACUUUUCUGAGGGACACUGUACAGUGAGUAAAGCAUGGUCUUUGUGCUGCAUUCUGUGGCCGUAGGACAGUGAAUCAAAGCUUAUCUAGUCCUCUCAACCCUUUAGGCAAUAUGUAUUAUAAACUCAGAGAACAGAAGUGCAAUGUGAUAGGAGGGACAUAGCAAUAUCUGCUCCUUUUUGAGUUGAGAAAUGUAGACUAUUUUUGCAGUGUAUAUCCACUCAGAUUUUGUGUAUUUUUGAUGUGCACUGUUCUCCAAGUUCUGAACCUUUGGGAAAAAAAAAAAGCAUUUAUAACCUCUUGAAAUGAGUCAGAGGUUAACUUAUUUAAAAGGGGAUGUACAUAUAUUCUCUGAAACUAGGAUGCAUGCAAUUGUGUUGGAAGUGUCCUUGGUGCCUUGUGUGAUGUAGACAAUGUUACAGGGUCUGCAUGUAAAUGGGUUGCCUUACUAUGGAAAUGAAAGUCACUCCCUGGGUUUAGUAUGGCUGUAUAUAUCUGCCUGUUAAUAUUUGGAAUUUUUUUUAGAAAGUAUAUUUUUGUAUGCUCUGUUUUGUGACUUAAAAGUGUUACCUUUGUAGUCAAAUUGCAGAUAAGAAUGUAAAGAAUGUUACUGGAGCUGACUUGUUUGGUUAUUAGCUCUUAAUAGUUGUGGAAACAUAAUUGAUUUAGUCUAACAUAAAACCACUAACUGAAGUUCAGAUACUGGAUGCUUUAUGACUAUGGUGUAAAUAAAUCCUUUUCAACAAUA